AUGGUUGACAAGCAUGCGAAUUUAAGACAAGCUCGGACAAUCCAGACCAUUAUCGUCGUGUUGGUGCCAUUGUUUGCAGUAGCAGGACAACCUCUGCCAAGCCAGUACGGGAGGAAGUUCGUCGUCAUCUUCACAAAAGGUCUCAACCAAGACGGAGCAACCCUCAAGCUGAUGAUCGCUGCUGUUACGGACGCCGACGUGACUGUCACCAAUUCCUUAUACAACAUCAACACCACUGUAUCCAUCCCUGGAGGUCAGUCAAGGACCAUUACAGUGACCAAAGAUAUUGCUCUUGCGGCUUUGCUGGUCAUAGAAAAACGUGGCGUCCUUGUUCAAGCGACGACCGACGUUUCUGUGUACGCCUUCAACUUCGGCGGCUACUCCUCCUACUCCUUCAACGUGCUGCCUACAGCUACCUUGGGUACCCGGCACUAUCUGGCAUCGUUUGGGUACGUCAAGGAUGCCGAUAUACCUACAUUCGGUGUAGUAGCUAUUGAAAAUAAUACCGUCGUGUCAUUCAAGUUCCGACUCACGUUGGACGGCGACUGUGGUACAAUGGACGGCGACGCCCUGAAGGACGGUUACGUUUACAACAUCACCCUUGAUGAGCAUGACGUGUUUGAAGCAAGCUGUACAGGAGAUUUCACAGGGACGAUGGUAUUAAGUAGCAAACCCCUAGGGGUUGUGUCUGGACAUCUUGGGAGUUUUGUCCCCGUUAAUGUUGGCGGGAGGGACACCUUUGCAGAAAUGAUCCCCUCGAUGGACAUGUUUGGGCAAAGAUUCACGGAGGGUUUCACCACGGACCUUUCGGUUUUCGAUGGAACGAAUUUCGACACGCAUGUGACGGUGGUUACGAAGACCUCCUAUGCGAAGACUCUGGCUGGGGAUUAUGACACCGAUGAAGUUCCAUCAUGUCGGUAUUCGGUUGCCAGGGCGCCUGUGACAGCCGGGACUCUGACCAUUGGACUUGGACCUGGAAUUCCUUACGCCGCAUUUCUCUAUGCAUACUUACAUUAUGAAGGAAAUGGGAUGUCCAUGGGAACUGCUAGACAACCCAAUGGCUUGUGGAGCGAGUGCCCAGAGAACCCGUGUCUGAAUAACGGGACGUGCACUGACGAUAUCUUUAAUUACACCUGCACCUGUCUACCUGGCUUUACGGGGUCGCUGUGUGAAGAAUCUCUUGCCGCAACAGUGUCUUCGACAGUCUUCACAUCAGUUACACUGGACACGUCAUUAGUAACGCCUGAAACGUCAUCGUUUACGAUUGAUACGUCAUCACACACGACAGAUACCUCAUCGGUCGAGAUGGAUAUCUCAUCGGUAGUGAUACACACUUCAUCAGUCACGAUGAGUACGUCAUCAUCAAUGACGCAUACGUUAUCAGUGACGGUGGAAACGUCACCAGUCCUGUUGGAAACGUCAUCAAUAAUGACACAGACGUCAUCGGUCUUGUGGGAUUCGUCAUCUAUGUCCUUGGAGAUGCUAACGCCAUCACCUACCCCGCCAACUACAACCACAACGUCUGGAAACAGCGUCACAACCUACACCACCGACCUUGCAACAAUAUCAACACCCGCAAGCAGCUUCGAAACUUCAGCAACAAACACUCACUCCACAGCAUCUACAACCGGAACCACGUCAUCAAACACCGUCGGCUCUACAACACCGGUGCCUACGAUGUGUGUAUGCAGGUGUUCAGUGAACGUCACAAAGAGGAAAUUGAACUUAUUAAACAACGUAUUCAGUUAG